AGGCUGGGGACACCUGAAAAAUAAUAAGACAAAAGACGUUUGGGGAUUUCAGUUCGUUAAGAAAACAGAAUUCUUCUACUUGACUGAAAUAUUCUUAUUUCCUUCAUGAUUGGUCUUGAAAACUGUGAAUGAUCAAUAGACAGCAUGCAUUUGAAAACUGGAUUAAUAUUUUUGAUCAUUUGCCUUGCUCUCCAAGUUCAGGGAAGCAGAGAAAUUCCUAAUAAAAUAAACCAUGCUGAAGCCAAACAUCUUGCAGACGCCUCAGGGUCAGACAAAACUGAAAGAACAACAAAGAGGUCCAGAGUAUCAACCAUAAGGCGGAUAUUUGACAUGGCAAAGCACCGAACAAAGAGGUCGUCCUUUUUCUCAACUGGUGUGAAAGUUUGCCCACAAGAAUCUGUGAAGCAGAUUUUAGCCAGUCACCAAGCUUACUAUAGAUUAAGAGUCUGCCAGGAAGCUGUGUGGGAAGCCUUUCGUAUUUUUCUGGAUCGGAUUCCUGAUACUUCUGAAUAUCAGAACUGGGUUACUGCCUGCCAGAGGGAAACCUUUUGCAUAUUCGACAUUGGCAAAAACUUCAGCAAUUCCCAAGAGCAUCUGGAAAUAAUCCAACGGCGAGUGAAACAUAGAACCUUCCAGGAAAGGAAAGAUGAAAUAUCCGCAGAGAAAAUAGGAGGCAAAAAGGUGGAAGAAAUUCCUUCCAUUUCUACAGGCUCCCCUGGCACACCCCUCUCUCCAUAUGCACCUAAUGGCACGCUGCUCAAUGAAAUCGUUAACGACACGAAGACUCCUGUGAAGGAGCUGGGAACAAAUGCAGUUCCUGAACUCCCUGUGGAGCAAAUGGUAGAAUUCAGUGUAACUCUCACUGAUCAGGAGUACACAGCUGAACUUAGUGAUCCCAACUCCCCAGAGUAUCAACAACUAGCUGCCAAAUUUCAGCUACAGAUGAAAAAAAUAUUUGAGAAACUUCCGGGAUUCAAAGAAAUCCGCGUAUUAGGAUUUAAACAGAAGAAGGAGAAAGAUGGAUCAAGCAGCACUAUAGCACGGUAUGUGGUGAACUUUGAGAGAGAUGGCUCAGAAAUCAAAAGCACAGCAGAUGACAUCUCAACUAUUGGAUCCAAUAAAGUUGAAAGUGAAAAAAUUCCAAUUUCUCCAAUGGAAGAGAGGGAGAUAUCAGGAACUAAACUCACAGUAACAGACCUUCAGCAACUGGUUGCCAUUGCACUCCAUGAAGACCAGUCCCUGCCAAUGGACCUUGGGACACUUCAGUUUACUGAUGAAUCUAUUAUACCACCUAGUGAUUUUGAUAAUGAUAUCCAAGGCAUGGUCACUAUUCCUCUGGCAGGCCCUGAUUUGGAGGAAUCUAUGAGUGUGGAACUCCCACUAGGUUACCCCAGCCCAGCAACAGUGGACCAAAUAGGAGACACCUUGGUUGAUGAAUUUACAACUGGAAGUCCUGCUCUAAGUGAAGAAGAGAUCAGCAUCCCUGAAGAAUUUAAUAAUUUUAUUACAUCUGAACCUGAGUUCCCUACCAAACCCUCCAGAGAACCAUUUCAGGACAGAUCUCUACAAAAAGUUACUGACCAGCAAAGUUUAACAGUGCCUUUCAGUCCUCUGGGGAGCACUAGCAGUCCUCCAAAAUCAGAGGUUUCCUAUCUGCCUCCUCCAGCAGAUGAAUCUGCUAGCAGUGGCUUAAUCACCGAUGGUUAUGAGUCUCCAGUGGAGCAGGCUACCACAAUGGCAAUUUAUACCACGGGUAGCUUUACCCCACCUAGUCUGCAAGCCAGAGAUGAGGAUAGUGAUCAUGAGGAGAAGACAGAACUGACUGAUAUAACAGAACCACCUUUCAAGGAAGCUGACCAAGACAUUCCGCCUGAACAAGCAGUUAAGAUCAUGGAAGAACCAGAAUCAUCAGGCGAUGAUGUUUUUGUUACAGCCAGCACUUAUGAAACGUUGCCUUUCUUUAUUGGUUCAAGUGAUCUCUCUACCAUGCAGCCUGAAGGUGUUAUUACAGAUGUGCUUUCAUCAGACCAAAUAGCACCACUGCCUGCAGCAACCAGCCCAUCCUACAGCCCCUCUGAGAUCAUCGAACAGUCCCUCGAAUUACCAGAUUCGUCAGCGCCUACCCCUGAGAGCGCUCCCCCCGAUGGCACUGGGAUGGGAGUGCAGGAUAUCGCUGCCGAGUUGGAUCACAUCGGUGGGCUGAGCACAGCAGCUCUGGAUGAAGGGGAGCACGGCAGCGGUUAUAUCCCAGUGCUGACAACUAAGCCUGCAGAAACCACCCCAGCUCCUACGCUGAAGUAUGUAACUACCAGCUCCAUGACAACUGCAGGCAAAGGCAAAGAGCUAGUGGUUUUCUUCAGCCUGAGGGUAACCAACAUGCACUUUUCUGAUGACCUCUUCAAUAGGAGUUCGACAGAAUACAAAGCACUAGAACAACAGUUCAUGCAAUUGCUCCUUCCAUACCUUCAGUCCAACCUUACAGGCUUCAAGCACUUGGAAAUACUUAACUUCAGGAAUGGAAGUGUGAUUGUGAACAGCAAAAUGAAAUUUGCCAGGACAGUGCCAUACAAUAUCACAGAAGCAGUACACUGUGUUUUGGAAGACUUCUGUGAUGCUGCAGCCCAACACCUCAAUUUGGAGAUUGACAGCUAUUCCUUGGAUAUUGAGCCAGCUGAUCAGGCAGACCCAUGCAAAUUCAUGGCAUGUGACAAGUUUUCCGAAUGCAUAAUGAACGAGUGGACAAAGGAAGCUGACUGCCUUUGUAAACCUGGUUAUGCCAGCCAAGACGGAUUGCCCUGCCGGAGCCUGUGCGAGCUGGAACCGCAUCUCUGUGUCAAUGGUGGGAAAUGUGAGCUAGUUCCAGGAAGAGGAGCUGUCUGCAGAUGCCCUGUACGUAGACACCAGCUUUACCAAGGACAGCGCUGUGCCAAAUUUGCUCCAGAACCCACACAACCCUUCAUUUUUAAACCUCUCGUUCUUGGCUUACUAAGCCUUGCUUUUCUUUUCAUCAUUUUAAUUAUUAAGUUAAGAAGAAAAUGCAAAAGAAACUCUAAUUUGCAAAGGCCUACUCUCAGCAGCUGCAAUUCAGAAAAUGCUGUAAGGAUUAAUCCUGCUUUUGAACACGAUGAACCCAUUUCUAGCUUUUGUCACACGGCUUGCAGUGUAAGUGCUUGUCUCAGUUCCUCAGAGAUCAUUGACCAUGAAGCAUUACACGAACUUGAAAACACAAUUCAGCCUGGAGGUCACCAGGCCAGUUUACAAAGCCAAGACUGACAAGUUAGUCCUUGAAAUUCUUCGUUUCCAGCAUCAGCCAGACAAAACCAAGGUAUUCAAAAAAGAAGAUCUGCAUUAUUUAAGGCUGGACUUCAAGAUGAUUAUGCACAUGAAAAAAAUUCAAGGAUUCCUAAAGAUAUAAUGUUUUGGCUCUAAAAUCAGGACACAUUAAAAAAAUUGUUUUACUGAAGAAAAGCAACAUGACCAAGUUGAGCAGCUAUUAUACAGUGUCUAAAAUUUACCUGGUAGGAAGUCAGAAUUGUUAAGAUGCAUGCAUUAAGCAUCCAGUGCUUACAGGUCUUAACUGUUUUAUUUAAGAGCCGAGUGCUAGAAACAGAUUUUGCUGAAACAUGACAUUUUUCAAUAUUUGUCAAUGGAAAUUCACCAUAUUUCCAUACCCUUUUAUUAACCUUCCUUACACACACUAAUGUAAGUGGUGAACAGAAAUACGAACUGUCAUUGACCAAAGGACACAUUAAAAGCAUCCGGGAACUUCUUUAUUCUCUCCCUACAAUGCUCACAUUGCAAAUCACACACAAGUUGGAAUUAAUUUUUUUAAGGGUUUCUAUGAACAUUGUUUAUACAUAUGUACAUAUACAGUUAACUGCUUAAUUUCUGGUGACAGUGAAACUAUCAGAUUAUCCUAAGACUUCAAACUUUUUGCUGAGGCACAAUACCUGGAGUUUCAUCUUUUCCGAACAAGGUAUUUACAUUCACAAGCACCCUCCUGGUAAAAAGUAGAUUAGAAUUGCACAUGAUUGUGUACACUUUAAACUCAGUAUGCACACAAAUAAUUUUGAGAAGUUACUGUCAGUUUUUGUAGAAGAAAUCUAAGCAGACAUCGGGCAGCCUUUAAGUAUUUUGUAGGCUUAUUAAUUUAUGCACUACAAAUCCACAAUCUUGAUUCAAGUAUGAGCAUUAUUUUACCUUGAGCAUCUGUUUCUUGAGUAUAUCUAUAUUUAUAUCCUGCACCAGUGUUGUACAAUAUUCAGGCACUGUUUCCUGCUUGGUGCACACCAGAAGUCGUACUUACAGCUCAAACUGAGCUUUGACAAAGUUCAUGACUAUUCUGGAUGACAGGUCCUCAUUCAGAUGUGAAACUUUUGUGUAUUUGGGACAGCAGCUGAUUUCAGCAACAAUUCUUCUCUCUUCGUACGGCGCAGUUACCACAGCAAAGACUGAACUUUAGUUUACCUUAUUAUGUACACUCAGAAGAACUGUUUACGAAUUCCAAACAACUAACUGCACGGAUUUGCCUGCAAAACCACCGAAACUGGUGAUAGUGUACGAAUGAAGGCAAAGCACCAAGAAUACAAGGUUGAGUUUCUACAGCUGAAAUAGUAUUUUUACUUACUUUAUUUAAGUAGAAAAAAAAUAAAGAAGAAACCUAAGAUGUGGUUUUACCCAGUAACACUUCAGAAUAAAACUACUUUAAAAAUAUUUCUUGCAGGGAGCACUGGAAGUCAUCCCUGCCAACAAAUGUUAGCUUUUCACUAUUGCUCAUGUAAGCUAAGAAUACAUUAAGAAUGCUGAUAGCAUUCCAUCUUUUUUCCAUUACAAAUGUAUUUUUGUAUGUGUUUAGUGUAUUUCAAGUCAUACUAGUUAUCACUAGCCAGAUUAAAAAGUAAGUAGUUUUAAAAUGUGUCUUUUAAUAAUGAUUAUUCAUGAUUGUAUUUAUCACUCUCAACUAUUAAUUACCAAAUAUAUUUGCUGGACGUAAGCCUUUUGUAUUUCAAUAAAACAUAAUAAAACUAUUUACUUGAAAAUUUCACUGGGAAUUAAACUGGUACUUAAUCUCAAAAUAAAACAUAUCACGUUACCUUAAAAUGGAUGUAAAGUUACAGCUGGAGAUAAAAGCCAUAAGGAAAGUGAAACAAAAUUACAUUUCCUAGAUAACAAAGCCCAAAUUACUUGAAUCUUUUUAUGUUAAGAAACUACCACCCUGAUCUGGCCCUUAAGACAAGAAAGUUUUCUAAGACUCGUUUUAAGGGGAAAACAAACAAGCAAAACCCACAAAACUUCUCCAUCUCAGACAUAAAGUUUCCCCUGCAGCAUACAAACUCAAAGCAGUAGAAUUGGUUUCACUAGUCACUGACUGUCAUGAAAAAUGAAACAUAUGCAAAGAAUACACAGCAUAGCAAAUUAUAGAUACAUGGAAAGUGAUAGCAAUAAAU